CACUAAAUCAGUUCUUUUACCUCUUCGCUCUCGAUCACACAACAUUGCAAAAACGUCAGAGGAUUUUAAGCUUGGACAGCAAGGUACACUUUGGGGAGAUAUGGCACAAGAGGAACCCCAUAAGCAGCACGUUUCAGAGCUGCGAGUGGUUGUGCUUGGUGCCAAUCGGUCUGGCAAAACGUCUCUGAUCAACAGAAUUCUUGGUCCUGGUCACAAUUCACCCAGAACCCUUCAGACGAGACAAGGUGAGGUCCAAGGGAGGAGAGUGGUGAUGGUCGACACCGUUGGAUGGUGGAGGAACUUCCGGUUGGUUGACACGGCGGAGUUCAUCAAACAGAAGCUUCAGCUGAGCGCGUCCAUGUGUCCACCGGGACCCCACGCCUUCCUCUUGACCGUCAUGACAGACAUACCUUUCGAUUAUGACAAUAGGAGAGCCAUAGAGGAACACCUGAGUCUCUUUGGUGAAAACAUCUGGCAGCACGCCAUAAUAGUGUUCACCAGAGGGGGUACUCUGGAGGGCAAAACCGUAGAGGAACACAUUGAGAGUGAGGGGAAGGCCUUGAAGUGGCUGGUGGAAAAAUGUGGGAACAGAUAUUGUGUCUUUGAGAGCAAAUAUAGUAAGGAUGAUCAGAUUCCAAAACUGCUAGAGCAGAUAGAUGCUGUGACAAGGGUUAAUGGCAGGAGACAUUUCCGGCUUGAUGAGAGGACACAACUGAAGGUUCAAGACAAGACAAGAUCAGUGAAGGAGAAAGCAGCAGACAGACGUAUGAUUAAACAAAGCAAAACACUGAGAGAAGGGAAGGGUAUGCCAUCAUCAGAACUAGCAAUCCUUGUACUGGGGUGGGUGAACUCCAAGAAAACAUCCGCAAUUAAUUUAAUUUUGAAUAGAGAAGAGCAUUUUACUAAGAGGACUAAGUCAGCGGAGAUGCUUAGCGGAGAGGUGGAAGGACUUAAGCUCUCUGUUGUUGACACCCCUGGCUGGUGGAAGUUCUUCCCUGCCGAGUUGAACCCUGACUGGGUGAAGAUAGAGCUCCAGAGAAGUCUGACAGUCGGCUCCAAUGCUCCCCAUGCUGUGCUACUUGCAGUUCCAGCAGACACUACAUUCUUGGAGGAACAGCGGAAGAUCACGGAGGACAACAUGAGGAUGAUGUUUGGAGAGCAGGUCUGGAGACACACCAUAGUGCUGUUCACGUGCGGGGACCUGUUGGGAGACACCAGCAUAGAGGAGCAUAUCGAGAGGGAGGGAGAACCCCUGAAGUGGGUCGUGGAGAAGUGUGGGAAUCGAUACCACGUCUUUGACAACGUCAACACAGAAGACAGAUCUCAGGUGAGGGACUUGCUGGAGAUUAUCAAAGAGAUCGAAGAGCCAAAUGAAAUCUUAGAAAUGGACCAGACCCUGGAAGAGUCAGAAAUGGAAAAUAAACUUGCAAAAUUAAUGAAUGACUUGUGGGAAGAGGAAAACAAACAGAUGGAAGCUAAUGCAGAAGUAUCAAGUAAAAGAGAUGGCAUUGACUUUUUACACAUCCUGAUAUGA